AUGGCGGGUUGCACAUUUAGUGCUGUGAUGCAUGCAGAAGGAAUGAAUUCUUGCGACAAGAUUAUAAUGGACAAGUGCGACAGGGAGCUGGGUGGAAGAGGAAUGGAAGAAGAAAAUGAAACUCCUUCAGUGGAUGUCCUUGUGGAAAAAUCUGGAGGAUGCGGCAAGUACCAGAUUUUCAUCGUGUUCUCCACAUUGACCGGCAAAUUCUUCAUUGUCUGGGGUUUCCUGGGAGACAGUAUCGGCCGAAAGAAGACGUUGUUCGGCUCCAACUUCCUGUGCUGCGUGUUCAGCGUAGUCGCCAUCUUCUCCGUGAACUGGGAGAUGUUUGCCGCGGUCCGCGCCCUGAUCGGCGCCACAAUAGGCAGUCACCUGGCCGUGGUGUUCCCCUACCCUAUGGAGUUUGUCCCCCGCACUCACCGAUCUCUCCUCUGCGCUAUCCCCACCUGGAACCUGGGCACGGCUGCCUUCGCGAUCCUGGUGUGGACGCUCAAGGACUGGCGCUACAUCCAUGUGGCCACGGCUAUCACGAUGGGCCUCUGCUCCAUCGGAUACUUGUGA